AUGAGGGAGAAAUUCUGUGCCAUUGUCAGAUUGGAUACGUUGCAAGAUGGGAAAAAAGGUAAAGAGUUACCUGUAGAGAUGGGAGGAAUGCAUUUUAGUGAUUGGGGCCCUCUUGGCUAUCCUUUUAUAAGUAAUCCAGGUGAAAAUGGAGAACCACUCGGAAUUCAAGUUUUUAUAUUUCCUGAGAACAGCAUGCAAGUGUUAGACACCCUUGCUCAUUUCAGUUCUACAUUUUUUAUAUUUAAAGUUGGAGUUCAAAUGGAUCCCAAAAUGUUGAAGACAUCUGGGCUGCGAACGUACGUCCUUGGGUUGGGUUGUUUCCUUUGCUCUUUUAUAUUUGGAGAUGUACUUUCCCAUUGGCUCAAAAACAAAGAUAUAGAGGAUCUAGUGGCGGUAAAUUCAAAGGGAGGUUUUCGCGGCUCUGAUAGGAUAAUAGAUCUAUUCAGCUUGGUUUCAUUCCCUGUAAUCGCUUAUGUACUCACUGAUCUCAACAUUCUCAACUCUGAGUUAGGUCAUUUGGCACUUCAUGUAGCAAUGGUUGCUAAUUUUCUUCAUCUUGUUGGGAAAACCUUGAUCUUUUUCCAAGGUUUAUACGCAAGUGCAAACCCUGUGCGCGAACUAUAUGUAGUGUUGGUGUUGGUAGGGUUGUUUAUAUUUAUAUUUUUUAUUGUGCGACCAGCAGCAUUGUGGAUCGUAAAGAAUACACCAGAAGGGAAACCCGUGAAAGAGUCGUACAUUUCCUUAAUAGUGGCUUCCGUUUUACUGUGUGGACUAGCUACUGAAUACUGUGGAUUCUACGUUACAGACGGGGCUUUCAUUCUAGGUUUGGCAAUACCUGAUGGUCCACCAUUAGGAACAACCAUAGUUGAUAAGCUUGAUUAUAUGUUUACUACUUUGCUCAUGCCUCUUCAUAUCGGUAUCGUUGGACUGAAGACACAAUUUUAUCAUAUUGGACGUCAUCUUUAA